UGCGGGACAGACUUGUCAGCGGUUAGCAGCAGCAGCAGCAGCAGCUCCCGUACACCAGCAGAGCAGGCUCCAGCUGCAAGUCAAGUGGCGAUGGCGCGAGGCAUGGCGAAGGCGGACGUCCGCCUGUGGCUGCUGCUGGCAGCGCUGCCGGCUAUCCUCAGCAUCGGCGGUGGUUCAACCAUCGUGACGAUGGCGCAGGAGAUGAAGCAGGGUCCACAGUUUGAGGAGAUCACCAAGUACUUCGAGGGCAUCGCGGACGACCGCACCAAAGUGACGUGGGCCCACCGGGUCAACAGCCGGCAGGCGCUGACCAAAGCCCUCAACGACGACACCCUGAUGAUGUUGGAGGCGGACGUGAGCUUCGGCAAAGUGAACAACACGGGCGAGGAGAUGCCCGUAAUGGCUCACGCGGUGACCGACAACAUCGACCUGUCGCUCGCAGAGUUUCUCAAGGUCGUCAACGAGACUGUGGCGCCGGGGAAGGUGAAGAAGGGGGUCAAACUCGACUUCAAGUCGGAGGUGGCGUUCAACAAGUCCAGGGACGUCAUCCAGGAGGCGCGCAAGCAGAUGGCGAAACCAUAUCCAUUGUGGCUGAAUGCAGACAUCCUGGUGGGCCCAGUGGGUGCUGAUAAAGAGAAUGUGAACCCAGAUGUGUUUCUGAAUGAAUCCAGCAUCCUCUUUCCAUCAGCUGGCCUAUCAGUGGGCUGGACUACCAAGGUUUCCUCUGGUGACUCUUGCUACACUCAAGAGCACUUCAAGAAUAUGUUGGCCUACCUACAGAAGUACAACCUGAACAACUCCGAUAAUGUUACACUGGCUGUGAGAGCUAUUUAUGCUGGCCGCUGCUCUGAGAAACUGGUUGAAUGGCUGGAUUCAAAUCUCAAAAAUUCCACACUUACCUUAUGGACUGGUGAUACAGAUAAGGUCGAUCCUGAACCACUCAGAAACCUUGUCACAAAGGUGAGCAAGAGGCGCAUUUAUGUGGAUUUGCCAGAACCUUUACGUGGUCAAGUUCUGAACACCACAACUCCAGGAUCAAGCAGCAGCAGCGUUGGAAUAAUAAUCUCUCUUAUUGUCCUUCCCUUCACCCUUGCUCUGUGCAGACUUCAGUAAAUCAUUUAUAGGCACUGCUGAACUGUUUAAGGAUUUCCAGUAAGAGGUCCUUUGAGUCAAUGUUAUUUUAAAAAUUUUCUGCUCGAAUGUUGCUUCUUGCUGAAUUCUUGGUAAUAUGUGAACCAAUUGUUAUGGAUAGUAUUAAAUAUAUCCCAUGAUUGAGAUCAAACCUUUUUUGUGUGAAGCCAAAAGUGUAAUAUUUACAGUCAUUAAUGCAAUUCCUCUAUGAUUAGAGCUUAUAGUAAGUAUGUUAGAAGUAUUUAUAGUAUAAACAUUCCCCUCAUAUCAAUUUAAAUGGUUUUCGUAGUUUUGUUAUGAAAAAGAAUGAGGCAAAGAUUUUUGUAUCUGUGAUCUGAGAAUCUUUUGUGUUAAUCAGUGUCCAGUGCAGAUGAGUUUGUCUAUUAUGUAAAUUGUUUUACCAAGAGCCUGUUCGCCUAAAGUGAAAAAGAAGAGAGAAUGAGUCAGCAUCAAUCAUCAGCACUAAUUACGUUAGAGCAUCAAGUGUAUAAUAAAUAACUUCAAUAUGUUUGGCUAAUUUACUACUACCAUUAUCUAUACCUGUUUCAUUGGAUGAAACUUGCUAUCCCUGUUUGCCAUAUUUGAGAUUGCUGCUGCUUGGUUCCCUUAUUUCCUGUACAAAAGUAAGGGCUUUACAUCAGCAAUAUAGAUAAAAAAAUGUUUUGUUUUCUUUGUGUCUGCAAGUUUGAAAUGUUGAGAGCAAAUAAUGUAGAUAAGCUAUACCUAGAUAUGCUUUCAGCUGUAUUCAUAAAUAUGUUGUGAGAGGAAAUUUAAGCUUUGUACUGACUGCACAAAGUGCAAAAUACUCCUAUUGCAGAGUUUACCAAACUUGACACAGACCUCAUACACUGUAAGAUUUGGACUGCACAACAGUAGAAUGCGGCAAAAUUAUAUUUGCAAAGUAGAAAUAUGUUAAUUUCUCAUAAUAUUCAUCAUAUCCCAUGCUUCUGAAAGAGUUACUAACCGCAGUACAUAGAAAUCAGUGUAAAAGAAAAUGGUUAUAUGUUGUAACAGAUCAUUUUUGUGGCCAGUAAUUGUUCUCUGUAUAUAAAUAAAUAUUUUCAGUUCUCUCUACAUUUUACUUGUGUAUUUAAUUCUUUUUAUUUUGGCCCUGAAAUCUUAAAUCAUUUAAUAUUUCUCUCUUUAAAAAAUCUUCAUUAAAGUGUAAUAUGAGAUGAUUUUUUUAAAAGCAGCAUAGCUUUAUAGAGACCAGAAGAAAUGAAAGCUUGGGUCUUUAUAAAAGUAUGAAACAAUUCAAUGAACAAUAUGAAGCUGCUAUACAGUCUGGAAAGAAUGCUUUGGAUUGGACAGUUUUUACUGUAAAAAUAUUUAAUAAAUUGUAAGUGCAUCCAGAUGUAUAAAAUAUCAGUAAUGUAACAAUAUAGUGAAUGUUUUCAUUUUAUUCAUCAGAGGUACUCCUUAACAACAGCAAAAAUUCAUCAGUUUACUAAUUUAGCCAUGUAACAGACAUAUGAUGUCCAACCGUAGCCACCAUUUCACAGAAAAUAGGGAAAAAGAGACCAUGAAGUGUCAGUUCAGUGUUAUAUGUAUCACAUCUAGUGUUUGUACUCAUUGUAUCUACAUUGCAUUGGCAGGAGAGGCUUGUUCUGCUAAUAAGUCUAAGCUGCUUUCUAAAUCAAGUAUGACAGAAUUUGUGUGAAUUCAGAUAUCGAGAAUGGUUCUCUAGAUAAAUUAUUUGCAAUGGGGUUAUAGGAAAAUGUGUGAUUUGAGACAUUGUUAGUGUAACCUGUUCUCAUAACACUAAAAAGAAAUAACAUUGGUACCUUAAUCUGCAGGUGUAUUUUGAUGUGCUCUUCAUUAACAAAGGAAUUAACAUCCCUAAUCACAAUAUUUCUCAUUAAAAUGAUGUGAAGUAUUUAUGUUCAUUUCCCAAUAUUGGUAAGAUAGGCCUAUGCAAAUGUUUUUAACAAGAAAGAUUUUUAAUAAUAACAGUAUGCAAUAGCUAAACUUCACAAUCAAAGGAUUCAGUGAUACAAUUAUGAUGCUAAAAUUAAUGAACUGAGUACUUACUGAUACUUUCUUCAAUAUGCCAAACAGCAUCUAACAACAUUUAAUGUCACAUAAAUUAGUUUGAGAUGAGAAAAAACUCACUUAAGUUAUUGUGAGCUUCAUACACAUCAACAUAGCUCUACAAAUCACAAUUCUAAUUUCUUUUUGUUAUUCCAGAAACAUAACUUAGUUUAUUAUUGUUAUACAAACAUGGUAUUCAGUAUAAAGAAUUCCUUUUCACAAUAUUGCUCUGUUGCUUGUAUCGGUGUGUAAAUACCAGCUUGGUAUGCUGACAGGUUGAUACAUAAGCAGAGGUCCAGAGAAGUAUUUUUCUACAAAUAGGACAAUAUGUGUGAUAACAAGUGUCCCAAAUGAGCAUUUAAAUCAUACAGUUUUUGGCAAUGCUGUACAGUAGCUGCUCCAUAGUUAAAUGUAGGCUCUAAGUACUUGGUUCAAAAUUUUUCCUUUUACCAUAUAACAAUACUGAUUUAAAGCGUCGAGUUUUUGUCUGUAUCAAAUCCACUCUUUCUUGUCCUUGAAAACAACUGUAAUGUUUUAGUUCAAAUUUUUCUUGUUUCUGUAUGUGAAGAAUCAGGUGAUGGCUUUAACUUAGCUGGCAAAGAUUAGAAACAAAAGAGAGCAGUUGUAAGGAAAUCAGAAGUAUUAGCCCACAAUCUUCUGCCAUUUGAGAAGAGAUUUACUGGAUUUUGAUUUUUAUCAACAUUGUCAGCUGAUCAAGAACAGGAAAGUAAAUUUAAACUCAACUUUUCCUAUUACAACUUUUGCAACAAAUUGGUUUUUUUGUGUGCUUAUGUACUUAAUCCUUUGCUACAUAUAGUCAUUGUUAAUAAGUGAUCUGUUAUUUAUUUGUGUGUGUAACAUGUGGCAAUUUUAAUCUAAUUUUAUUUGGGCAUCAUGUGGCUUUGUUAGCUAUUUACUACCACAAGCAAAUAUUACAAUUUAAAUACAUGCUGUGGCAUCACAGAAUAUAAAUCAGAUUAUUAAUAAAAACAAUGUAAAGGCGGGUGACCAAUCGGACAAAAUUAUUUUCUACAUUCAACAGGUGGAAAUACACCAACUAUGUUUGGAAUGACAUCUUGAGCAUUGAAGCUACUCAGAUUGUUCAUUCUUUCUAACAACUUCCAUGUUAAAUCAGACAUGAUAGUGUUGUUCUUGUAUUAUGAAAGGUAAACUGAACAACAAUUGUCUUUCGGCAGAAAAUGUACUGUACAUACUAUGUUUUGUGCUAAAUAUCAGCAUGAUUAAAAUAUGACAAAAAUAUAUUAAUUGCAUGCAACUUUUUUAGAGCCAAAGAGAAAUUGUUCUACAUUUUUUAAUGUACUAAAUAUGUUUGUUUAUCAACAGCCAGAGUUUUACUCUGUUUUCCCUUUUAGGGUUGAAGAAACAGCCACUUGUUGUUUUGUUCUGGGUGGCUGUAUUAUCUGCAGAUUUAUACUGUACUUUCUUGUUUGGUGAAAAAUGUGUGUGCUUAUAAAUUCUCUCUUAACUCGUGAUGCAAUGUCCCUACAGCAUUGUGGCUAUCUUAUAGAAUAUGUGUGUUUCUGACUUCUAUUGUUGUUGCUGAUGUUUAUUGUAAUAUUAAAGAAAAUGUGAUACUGAGUCUGUGUAAAAGCUAUUUGUCAGAAUCUAUAGUCAUAGACAAAAAUAUAGUAAAGUAUUAUGCAACAGAUUCCGUUAACUUUGUAUGUUGUAGAUUUGUCAGUGUGGUGUCUUUUUGCAAUAAAACAUCCUAAUUUGUAUAAAAACUUCAAACUGUUUCAUAAAAGCUAUGGUAACCUACAAGAAGUAUAUUCUGGAUUUACUGUUACUUCUGCAUCUGUUUUUGUCAAAUUAUUGGGCUUACAUUAGUAUAUGAGUGCAUUCAGAAUGUUUGCUGACAUUAAUUGAUUUUUUCUUAAAACUGAUGACUCCUGAUUCAGUAAUUGAAAGUUUCACGGUAAACAAGUGAAAGUAAGUUACAUUUCAGCUCAUGUAAUACCUGUUUUUCUUUCAUCUGCCAUGUACUUCACACUAACUUCUCGGCUUGUGUUGCGGACAUCCAGGUACUUUACAAGUGAUAGUGGUUCAGGGCUGAACUCAACAGGAGAAUUACAUUCAAGUUCUCCCAUCAGUGGUUCGUAGUUUAUAUUUAGUUAUGAAAGAAAGAACCAAAAAACUAUUAACACCUGACUAAAAUUUUUUCAUUGCUUCAUGAACAAUAAGAUUUGGUGUUUAAUGCUGUAAUAACACUGUCCUUCGAAACCCAGAGUGUGUUGAGGUAAAUUUGUGGCAUUCAGCCACAUAUCAUAUUGAGCAACAGAGAAAACAUGAAGUGUGGCAGAAAUAGAUCACGGUUGUAAUGCUGAAGCCAACAAAUAAGUCCAAGAACAAUCCUAGAAGAAAUUAAAUAGAUAAUUAACUGAAUGCAUCGUAAGAACAGAAGGAACUGUGAGCAGAAUAUGCUGUAUAAGGAAAAACUUUGAAAACACUGAAAACAUUUUUGAUAUCAGUACUGAAAAAUAAAGAUGACACCUGGACAAUUUGCUCAUUCUGGUUAUGUUGGAGCAAAAUACUUGUAUUCGGUAUGUAAGAAUACUUAUUCAAAGGUUUCAAAUUAAUUGGCAUUCUAUCAGGACUUGUAAUACUUCUGCAAUAAAAAACUCAUUCAAAACACAUGGUGUAGGCUACCAUGCUUUUGUUAUACGGUUUGUUUUUCUUCGUGUCACUAGCAGUCUAUGAAAUGCUUCAUAAGAUUGUAAAUGAUAGAACUAGUUCUAUUAGCAUUAUUUUAAGAAUUAUGUAGCCAGGACAGACAUUUUAUCUUCUGUUAUUGUGAAAAAUCAGCUUCAAAGACUAAAGUAAAUCAUGGUAAUAUGGGAUCAGAAGUUAACUUAAUCUUUUGAAUGUUGUGAAAUCAUGGUAACUAGUUGUUUAUGUCAGAUGCACUAUUUUUAAUAUGUGUUAAAAUUAUCUAAUAAAUAAUAAUAAUGGAAAUGUCUGCAUUUUUCUUAGACUGCACUAUACUAUAGCUUUUAUCAUUAUAGUAAUAUCAUAAAUUAAGAGACUGGUGUAAAUCACAGUUCUCACUUCAAGUACUCGAUGCAACUACCUGAAAAGAUAUGUACUUGACCCAAUUUGGUCAGUGGUGUGAUGUAUAAAGUGCUAUUUGAUGGAAUUAUAAUAAAUAUUUGAUACAAAA